AUGCUCGGCACUUUGGGCCGCUUGGGACGCUCGGUCAGGCCUCUGGUCCUGGCUCCUUCUUUACCACUAUUGCUACCGUCCACACUGAGCCGUAAGAGUCGCCAUGACCCGCCCUCCAAGUCCAAAAUCUGGCGCUUGCGAACCCCAACCCCCGUAGACCCCGCCGAGAUGGACAUGCUAAUGGAGCAUUAUAAGAGUUAUAAACAGACUGCACAAGCACUCAGGCUUGAGUUCAUGGAAGAGGUUUGGAGAAAAGCACAUGAGAAGAAGUUUGGAGGCCUGAAAACUGUACAGGAUUUUGAGGAACACAAGCAGCUCCUUGCCCGGAACCAAGUGGAGAACGCUCGGUUUCCGGCGCUGAGGAUCUCAAGGCUUCAGCAGCAGGAGCAGGAGUGGCUGGGGGAGCUGGAGGAGAUGCAGAAAGCACAGGAAAUGGAAGCUUUUGUCCAAGAGAAGGAGAAAGAAGUGCUACAAUUGCAGGAAGAUGGGAAAACAUUACUCAGGAUACCUUAG